CCUCCCCGUUUGGUCCACGUGCUUCGUCACGAAAACCGCUGUCUCCAUCGGAAGUUGCUCACUCCUCAUUGUUGUCCUUGGUGCGCGUGUACAUCGGGGUCCUCAGUGAUUUUUUUGUGUGUCUUUUACUGGUUUUUUGGCCGUAUUUGAAUCAUAAGGCUCAGCCAUGCCGUCAGUUCCUUUAUCCAAGGAGGCCUCCGUCAAGGGCCCCGUCGUCUGCCCCCACGCUGCCAAGCUGCUCAACCACGCCAACGGAGAAGCCAAACUCCGCGAGGGCUCCAUCCCGCUGAACGGGGUCGACAAGCUGCCGGCGGAGGACACUGAACACAUCAACACAAAGAACGCCGCAGCAGACAGGAAAUGGAUCCGGCCGGACCUUCCCAGCCGCUGCACAUGGAGCCUGGGAGCCUCCAAUGAAGGUUCCCCUCACACACAAGUACCAAGGGCCGUCGCUCCAGAUAUUCUUCCAAACAUCCUGCACAGGAUCGGCGACACUCCCAUGGUCCGCAUCAACAAGAUCCCCAAAGUCUUUGGACUGAAAUGUGAAUUAUUGGCCAAGUGCGAGUACUUCAAUGCUGGGGGGAGUGUCAAGGACAGGAUCAGCCUGCGGAUGGUGGAGGACGCUGAGAGAGCCGGACUCCUCAAGCCUGGAGACACUAUCAUAGAGCCCACCUCUGGGAACACUGGUAUUGGAUUGGCCCUGGCUGCAGCUGUGAAAGGUUACCGCUGCAUCAUCGUCAUGCCUGAGAAAAUGAGCAUGGAGAAGGUGGACGUCUUGAGAGCUCUUGGAGCCGAGAUUGUCCGCACACCCACCAGCGCUCGCUUCGACUCGCCAGAGUCUCAUGUGGGUGUAGCCUGGCGCCUCAAAAACGAGAUUCCCGACUCUCACAUCCUGGACCAGUACCGUAACCCGAGCAACCCUCUGGCUCACUACGACACCACGGCCGAGGAGAUCCUGGAGCAGUGCGGCGGUAAACUGGACAUGCUGGUGGCAGGAGCAGGAACAGGGGGGACCAUCACAGGCAUCGCACGCAAACUCAAAGAAAAAUGCCCCAACAUCAAAAUUGUUGGUGUUGAUCCAGAAGGCUCAAUCCUGGCUGAGCCCGAUGAGCUCAACAAAACUGAUAAGACCCAGUACGAGGUGGAGGGCAUCGGGUACGACUUCGUCCCCACCGUGCUCGACCGAUCAGUCAUUGAUACGUGGUACAAGUCAGAUGAUGAGGAGUCCUUCAACAUGUCUCGCAUGCUCAUGAGAGAGGAGGGCCUGCUGUGCGGUGGCAGCUCUGGGACGGCCAUGGCAGCGGCAGUAAAUGUUGCCAAAGAGCUGAAGGAGGGUCAACGCUGUGUGGUCAUCCUGCCAGACUCCAUCCGCAACUACAUGUCUAAGUUCCUGAGUGACAAGUGGAUGGUGCAGAAGGGCUUCCUGAGGGAGGAGGACCUCAUGGUGAAGAAACCCUGGUGGUGGAACCUGAAGCUGCAGGGUUUGAACCUGUCCGCCCCGCUCACCGUCCUGCCUACCGUCACUUGUCAGAGGACCAUCAAAAUCCUCAAGGAGAAGGGCUUCGACCAGGCGCCCGUCGUCGAUGAGGCUGGGUUAAUCCUGGGCAUGGUGACUUUAGGGAACAUGUUGGCCUGUAUUCUGGCAGGGAAGAUCAAGGUGUCAGACCCGGUCAGCAAAGUGCUCUACAAGCAGUUCAAACAGAUCCGUCUGACUGAUAAUUUGGGAAAGGUGUCCCGCAUUCUGGAGACUGACCACUUUGCCCUAGUGGUACAUGAACAGAUCCAAUAUUUGACGGACGGCUCUCCAAGUCUGAAGCAGAUGGUUUUUGGGGUGGUGACCGCCGUAGACCUACUGAACUUUGUCACGGGCCGGGAAAGGCGAGAGCGAUCCAUGUCGGAGUCCACCGACGAGCUCAACUAAACUGAACUGAAACGCUUGGACAUUUCUAAAACUUGCAUAACAAACACUGACUACUUUACUAGAUGUGUCUCAAAAAUGGCAAAAAAUAAUCUUCAGAUUUUGUUUAUUGAGGGUUUAGGUCUUUAAAAAAAAAAAUCAAUUUUGUAUUCCUGAAAUUAAGUCUUAUGGUAUAAUAAACAAAAUAUGUCGCCCACGUAUGUCGACUUGUAAAGGGUUACUUAUUAUUUGAAACAAUUUAUUAUUAUAUUUGCUUGUAGUGCUCAAAGUGAAUCUUUUGUAAGUUUGUUACUUUUUAGAAAGCUUUUUUUGUAUCCGUUUUAAAAACAGGCACCUGUGCUGCAGUUUUAUUUGUCUGAAAAGUAAAAGAUUGUUUCACUUUGGCCUUUAGCACCAAUCAAAUAGUAAAAAGAUAAAUAAAAUAAAAUCUCAUUAAUCAAUAUUUGACUAGAUAGCUGCUGUAUAUAAGCAUAUUAUCUUCCCAGUGUUGCUCAUUUUGUGCAGUUCUUUCAUGUUUACACAAAAAACCACAAAAAAAAUUAUUUUGUUGAAAAAUAAUAAUUUGGUGUUCUUUCUCUUUCAACACUGCGCCUGUGAUGUAACUGUAAAUUUGUUUUGACUAUUUAAUCUUAGCUGUGUCUUAGAGAAAGGUUUUGUAUUUCAUUUUAUUUUUCCUUAAUAAAUGUUUAUGAUUUAAUAAAGUUUAAAGGAAGUCUU